UUUAUUAUAAAUUCUAGGCAGCUUGCAGGAGCUGAGUUUCUGUUUGCACUGACAUAGUGGACAGCCAGCCGUGGUGCUCCUGCAGUAGUGUUAGCAGAACUGUCAUCGAAUAAUUCUGCAAAGAUGAGGUCUGUGCUCUACCUAUUAACUGUGUUGGUUCUAUCAGCCUCGAGGGCCCAUGGGCAGUGUGUUGUAAACGAUUACUAUCGCUUGAGUGUUACUGAUGCCGAAGAUGGUCGAGAGACAUCUGUUGGAGCGUUGUGUCCAAACCCCCCGAGAAAUGACCUGACAAGGCAGUAUAUCGACGGCGUUGGUGAUAUUGGUCCCCGUGUCUUUUUUUCUGCACUUACAGAAGAUUUAGUAAACUUCAAUAGUCCAUUUUGCCUGGGAUUCACCAUGCUAACCACCAACUCAUCGAAUUCGGCACCACUAAUGUCGAUUAUUAGCGCGUCCUCUGUAGAACCCGUAUUUUCACUCGUAGUUGAUAGUGCUGGUGUGAUCCUAACUCUCGGUACGUCCAGCGUUACUUUUCCUGCUCCACAGUUUGCAGACGGUAACGCACAACAGCUGCAGAUUUGUACUGAUGGCACUCAGGCAACUCUUUAUUCUAACUGUCGGAGCUUAGGCAGCCUUCCAUUCUCUGGAUCCAGUGCUGCUGAUUUUUACAACGCUAUUUUGUUCGUAUUGAGGAGUGUCACUACCGAAGAUAUUUUCGAGGGAAGAGUACAACAAUUGUAUGUAGUGCAAUGUCCUAAUACUACUCAACAAAACAUAGCCAAUGGUCAGUGUGCCGUUCUUCCAAGAGAUUGUACUCAAGCCACUCAAAAUAUUGAUGAAACCUUUGCUGCAAUUGGUCAAAUUAUUACUCCUACUGUAGCUCCUCCUCCGGUUCCCAUUGUCUAUGGGCCGUGUGUUGUAAACGAUUACUAUCGCUUGAGUGUUACUGAUGCCGGAGAUGGUCAAGAGACAUCUGUUGGAGCGUUGUGUCCAAACCCCCCAAGAAAUGACCUGACAAGGCAGUAUAUCGACGGCGUUGGUGAUAUUGGUCCCCGUGUCUUUUUUGCUGCACUUCAAGAAUAUUUAGUAAACUUCAAUUGUCCAUUUUGCCUGGGAUUCACCAUGCUAACCACCAACUCAUCGAAUUCGGCACCACUAAUGUCAAUUGUUAGCGCGUCCUCUGCAGAACCCGUGUUUUCACUCGUAGUUGAUAGUACUGGUGUGACCCUAACUCUCGGUACGUCCAGCGUUACUUUUCCUGCUCCACAGUUUGCAGACGGGAACUCACAACAGCUGCAGAUUUGUACUGAUGGCACUAUGGCAACUCUUUAUUCUAACUGUGGGAGCCUAGGCAGCCUUCCAUUCCCUGGAUCCAAUACUGCUGAUUUUAACAACGCUAUUUUGUUCGUAUUGAGGAGUGUCACUACCGGCGAGAUUUUCGAGGGAAGAGUACAACAAUUGUAUGUAGUGCAAUGUCCUGGUGUUGCUCAACAAAACAUAGCCAAUGGUCAGUGUGCUGCUCUUCCAAGAGAUUGUACUCAAGCCACUCAAAGUAUUGCGGCAGUCUUUGCUGCAAUUGGUCCUACUACUACUACUCUCCCUCCUACGGUUCCCAUUACCUAUGGGCGGUGUGUUGUAAACGAUUACUAUCGCUUGAGUGUUACUGACGCCGGAGAUGGUCGAGAGACAUCUGUUGGAGCGUUGUGUCCAAACCCCCCGAGAAAUGACCUGACAAGGCAGUAUGUCGACGGCGUUGGUGAUAUUGGUCCCCGUGUCUUUUUUUCUGCACUUGAAGAAGAUUUAGUAAAUUUCAAUAGUCCAUUUUGCCUGGCAUUCACCAUGCUAACCACCAACUCAUCGAAUUCGGCACCACUAAUGUCAAUUGUUAGCGCGUCCUCUGCAGAACCCGUGUUUUCACUCGUAAUUGAUAGUGCUGGUGUGGCCCUAACUCUCGGUACGUCCAGCGUUACUUUUCCUGCUCCACAGUUUGCAGACGGUAACUCACAACAGCUGCAGAUUUGUACUGAUGGCACUCAGGCAACUCUUUAUUCUAACUGUGGGAGCCUAGGCAGUCUUCCAUUCUCUGGAUCCAGUGCUGAUGAUUUUAGAUACGCUAUUUUGUUCGUAUUGAGGAGUAUCACUACCGAAUAUAUUUUCCAGGGAAGAGUACAACAAUUGUAUGUAGUGCAGUGUCCUGGUACUGCUCAACAAAACAUAGCCGAUGGUCAGUGUGUCGUUCUUCCAAGAGAUUGUACUCUACCCACUCCAAAUAUUGAUGAAACCUUUGCUGCAAUUGGUCAAAUUAUUACUCCUACUGUAGCUCCUACUGUUACAGUAGCUCCUCCUCUGGUUCCCAUUACCUAUGGGCGGUGUGUUGUAAACGAUUACUAUCGCUUGAGUGUUAUUGAUGCCGGAGAUGGUCGAGAGACAUCUGUUGGAGCGUUGUGUCCAAACCCCCCGAGAAAUGACCUGACAAGGCAGUAUGUCGACGGCGUUGGUGAUAUUGGUCCCCGUGUCUUUUUUUCUGCACUUGAAGAAGAUUUAGUAAAUUUCAAUAGUCCAUUUUGCCUGGCAUUCACCAUGCUAACCACCAACUCAUCGAAUUCGGCACCACUAAUGUCCAUUGUUAGCGCGUCCUCUGCAGAACCCGUGUUUUCACUCGUAAUUGAUAGUGCUGGUGUGACCCUAACUCUCGGUACGUCCAGCGUUACUUUUCCUGCUCCACAGUUUGCAGACGGUAACGCACAACAGCUGCAGAUUUGUACUGAUGGCACUAUGGCAACUAUUUAUUCUAACUGUGGGAGCCUAGGCAGCCUUCCAUUCUCUGGAUCCAGUACUGCUGAUUUUAACAACGCUAUUUUGUUCGUAUUGAGGAGUGUCUCUACCGAAGAUUCUUUCCAGGGAAGAGUACAACAAUUGUAUGUAGUGCAGUGUCCUGGUACUGCUCAACAAAGCAUAGCCGAUGGUCAGUGUGUCUCUCUUCCAAGAAAUUGUGGUGCAAUCGCUCAAGAUCUUGGUGAAACCUUUGCUGCAAUUGGUCAAAUUAUUACUCCUACUGUUACUCCUACUGUUACAGUAGCUCCUCCUCCGGUUCCCAUUGCCUAUGGGCAGUGUGUUGUAAGGCAGUGUGUUGUAAACGGCGUGGUUUGUGAAGCUGAACAUGAUGAUUCUGUAUGGGGGCUUGUCUUCCCUGCCACUGUGGCUGGCUGUUCCUAUUCCCAGCAAUGCCCACAACAUGGAAAUGGAUUAACUUUAGGUACUGCGACUCGUUCCUGUACACUGGGUGGUGUCUGGGAAGCAGUGAAUACUGAUAACUGCACUAGGGAAGUAUUCAUCUCACUUAAUGACAGGGCAAAUGAACUAUUUUCUAGAAAUGCAUCUCAGAAUGAAGUUGAUGACCUUCUUGUUUCUCUUGCGGAGGCUACUAGUGUAAAUGCAACAGGAGACUCCACCAUGUUCCCCCAAGACCUCAGCAUUACUAAUAUGAUCGUCAAGUCAAGUGUGAAUUACCUCGUUCAAAGUGUUGAGACUGCUAGUCCCAUGUCUUCUCUCAAUUUUAGUGAAGAAGUUAUGAACAUUCUCAACAAUCUUCUGGACGAGAGGAAUACAGAAGGAUGGGAAAGAUUACAAAUGGAUUCUGCUGCCGAGAGUCAGCAAUUGCUGUUGAGUGCAGAGUUAUAUGGUCAGUAUGUGUCAUUGGCACUAAGGAGUGAAGCUGUGGAUACAGGCAACAUGAUGGAGAUCACACUUGUGAGACAGAACAUUGUGCUAUCUGCAAUUGAAGUUGACACCACUAGUUUGGACGACAUCAUCUUUCCUGAAGCUGUUAAAGUCAGUGAAGAAACAGGCUCAGCCCAAACUGUGAUACCAGCUGCUCUUCUUAUGGAGAGAGGCGCUCGAGAUGGGAAUGUUACAGCAGUCAACAUUCUAUUUUCCAACUUGGAGGUUUUUCUUCCAAAAACCAAUCUUGAAAUGAACACAACCAGACCAGUAUCACGGGUUAUUUCUAGUCAAGUCUUCUCCAAUGUAAAGUUAACUAACUCUCAGGCAAAGGCAACCUUCAGAUUCACCACCCAAAAGUUGUCUGAAGAUGAAGUUGCUAAAAAUGCAAGAUGUGUAUUUUGGAGUGUUUCUAGUGAUGCGGCCAACAGCAAAUGGUCCACGGAAGGUGUGACUACAGUCAGUGUGGAUGAAGAUGAGCAAAUGAGAGUAUUUGAUAUUGUAUGUGAGAGCAGUCAUUUCACAGCAUUUGCUGUUCUAAUGGAUGUCACUGGAGCAUUGAAUGACACAACUCCAGAGAUCAGGUUUGCUCUGUCGGUGGUGACUUAUGUUGGUUGUUCCAUCUCCAUCUUCUUUCUUCUGUUGUCUAUCCUCUAUUUCUUGACAUUGAGAAAAGAGCUGCUGACCAAGGUUCAUAGCUUCAUUCAUCUCAACCUGUCUAUUUCUUUGCUCCUUGGUUACGUGGUGUUCCUGUCAGGAGUAGAGACAGCUGUGGCCAACAAGGGAGCGUGUGUGUUUGUGGCUGUUCUCCUUCACUACCUGUUCACUACUGUGUUUUUUUGGAUGCUGUGUGAGGGAAUCAUGCUCUAUCUCAUGUUGGUGGUUGUCUUCAACCGAAUAUCCAAGAAAUGGUGGAUAUUCUUUAUUAUUGGAUGGGUUGUUCCAGUGAUACCGGUGGCUAUAUCUGCUGGAAUUAUUCAUGACCAGUAUGGCACAGAAGAGUAUUGUUGGAUUGCCGUUGGUGCUGGUGAUAAAGGAGCCAUAUGGGCAUUUGUUGUACCCAUGCUACUAGUUGUUCUGGCGAAUGUAUUCUUCCUCUUGGCUGCUUUGCGCAGUGUCUAUAAUCUGAGAAAGUCAACCAUGCAACAAACUGGGGAAAAUAAAUCUUUACAGUUAUUCUCACAACUCUUCAAGGCCACCAUAAUUCUCCUUCCAUUGCUCGGGCUGACUUGGGUGUUUGGUCUACUCUCAGUCAACAGCAGCACCAUUGUGUUUGCAUGGUUGUUCUCUAUCUUUAACUCACUGCAAGGCCUGUUUGUAUUCAUCUUCCAUGUGCUCAGGAGUGAAAAGGUCACAAACUUCUUGAAGCAGUGCAGAAAGAGAAUGGAUAGCGUUGUAUCAACUUCUGCCUCAGGAAAAAACAAUCAGAGCAAAAAUCCGACGAGUGAUGUUCAGCUCAAGCCAAGUCACUCUAGACUCAGCAAACACGAUCAUAGUACCAUGAAAAAUGAAGCCAGUAAAGUCGAUGAGACUGCUGAAUCUGAAUUCAACUCAGAGAAGUCGUACAUUACUUGAUUGCUUGAAAAUGAUAACAAUUAAGUGGCACGAAACUGUAACCUUUAAUUAGAGAAUAAAAUGUUCACGCUCACAGGAAAGCCUAAUGGAAGCACAGCUAGCUACUAACAUAGAUUGUUUUCACCUAGUGCCGCUAUAUAUACUAUACUAGCGGAAUGAAUUAUAUAGUGCAAAGUUUUAUUUGAAGUCCAUAUACUGUUGUUGUCAUUGUGCAUAUUAUUUAAGACCUAUAUAAAUCUGUACAGAUGAUUUAUUAACACACAUAGUUUUAAUGAUUUUUCAC